AUGUCUUUUCUCCAUUUUAUUCGUGCGCAAUACAAGACUCUUCCUAUGACACUUGGACCUGCCGAUUGUCAAGAGCGUACGUUUAUCGUCACUGGUGCCAAUAGCGGCCUCGGAUAUGAAUGUGCUAAACAUCUUGCCCGCCUCGGCUCUUCGCGGGUGAUUCUGGGAGUUCGAAGUAGAGAAAAAGGUGAGGCGGCGAAGAAAGCGAUCGAGACAGACACAGGUUGCGAUACCAAUAUUCUUCAGGUAUGGGAAGUUGAUCUCGGAAGCUAUGAGUCUGUCGCGGCGUUUGCACAGAGAGCUGGCGAAGAGCUACAUCGGAUUGACGGCAUCAUAGAGAACGCAGGGACUGCAGAGACAUCUUGGGUUGAAAAGGAAGGAAAUGAAACCACUAUGACGGUGAAUUUAUUCUCGACGCUCUUGAUGGCUCUUUUGAUGCUGCCGCAUUUGCACAAGUCGGCCAAGCAAUUUGGCAUCGUACCGCAGCUGGUCAUUAUUGGUAGCGGGCUCGCCUUUCAAGCAAAGCCAAUAUGGGAGACAUUGGAUAUUGGCAACAUAUUCGAAGAUUUGAGAGACCGCAAGAACUACCCUCUAUCCAAGCUGCUCCUCACAUUUGCGUAUUUCGAAUUCGCACGACGAGCGGCAUUUUCUCGUACUGGCGUGACAAUUACCAUGGUCAAUCCGGGUGCCUGCAAAACCAACCUUCCCCGUCAUCUCAAUUCCAUCGUCCGGCUUCAAGUUGGCGUCGUUCUGUCGUUAAUAGGGCGAAGCGCUGAAAUCGGCAGCCGGACGUUGCUUCAUGGCCUCACAGUCGGUGAGGAAGCCCACGGGAGGUACCUCUCAGAGUGUGAAAUUAGCGAAGAGUGGCAGGUUAGAGUAUGGGAGGACGUCUCAGCGACGCUAGAAAAGGCGUGCCCAGGAUGUCUUGACGUGAUGUCCAAUGAAUGA